CUCUACGCUUAAUUUAGGCAUAUGGAAUCCGACUCGAAAAGUCUCAAGAAUACUCUGAGCUUAUCUAACCAAAGAAGGACAAGAACACACACACACACACAAAAAAAAAAAACCCAGAGAGAGAUGGAGGAAAAUAUAGUGAAGUCAAGGUUCAAAAGGGUUUGUGUUUUCUGCGGAAGCAGAACAGGCAAGAGGACUUGUUAUAGUGAUGCUGCUCUGGAACUAGGCCAAGAGCUGUAUCUUCUUGGUCCUGUACUUACUGAUCAAGGAGUUAUCUUGGUUUUCUCGAGGAAGGUCUCUAGGAGGUUGGAUCUAGUUUAUGGAGGAGGAAGUGUUGGAUUAAUGGGCUUAGUUUCUAAACAGGUCCAUCGAGGUGGUGGACAUGUUAUAGGAAUCAUUCCCAAAUUUUUGAUGGACAAGGAGAUAACUGGGGAAACAGUUGGGGAGGUCAGGAUAGUAGCAGACAUGCACCAGAGGAAAGCAGAGAUGGCUCGCUAUUCUGACUGUUUUAUUGCUCUUCCAGGUGGGUAUGGAACUUUGGAAGAGUUAUUGGAAGCUGUCACAUGGUCCCAACUUGGGAUCCACGAUAAGCCUGUGGGAUUGCUUAAUGUCGAUGGGUACUACAACUCUCUCCUCUCUUUCAUAAACACAGCCGUGGAAGAUGGAUUUAUCAAGCCCUCUCAGCGCAAUAUAAUCGUCUCUGCUCCAAACGCUAGAGAACUCAUUCAAAAACUCGAGGAAUACGAGCCUGUGCAUGAUGGGGUAGUUGCUAAGGCCAAGUGGGAGGCAGAACAGGCGGAGUUCAAUGCUUCUUUGCAGACUGAUAUAGCUCGUUAAGUCAAUAGAGACCACGAGUGAAUCUUUUAGGUUUCAUUUUGCUUUUCUUUAACCUUGAGAAAAAUGCUAAGACUAAGUAAAUUUACACAACUUUUGUUGCAACUUGACAUAUAGUGAGAUGUGAGUGGUAAAAAUGUGGAUCUA